AUGAUGGACGUCGAUGACGAUCGUGCUCGUCGAGCUGCCAGCGUUCUAUCAAUGGAUGAUAUCGAAGCCGCACAGGCCCUAGAGGGCCUUCGUUCGGAUUUCGUCCAUUCUCCGCCUUCCCAUCCUACUGCCCUACCACAGGCGCACUCACAACAGCAGCAACUAUCCGCUACCCCAAACCAACCUCAUAACGGCCACCCUGAACCGCUCCUGUCUCUCCUCACCUCCACGCAUCCGCUGAUUUCGUCGGCCAUCAACGGGUCUAUGUCCGCGUAUGAGUCCUCCAAGUCAUACUCCACGCGGUUCAAAUACGGAGCAGAGUUCCUUGAGAGAAACAUCGGCUCCCCGGUCGCCAAUACCGUGGGCACUGUCUCGCGAAAAACCGGUGUAGAAGGUGGUCUUCGCUGGGCGUUUCAACGACGAGACACAAACGAACUUGGUGAACCAAACAAGCGUCGAAAGACGGAAGAUUCAAGUGAGAAUACCGACAUGGAGAAAACAAUGAUGCAGCGCGACCGGUCUACUUCUGAUACGUCAUACUCGGAGACUCUACCCCCAUACGACGACCACAAGUCGCCCAGUUAUGAAGAAGUCAAUAGCAGUGACCAGAUGGCAAACGACUCGGCGCAGAACCAGAGGAGCUGGCACAACCGUCUGGUAAUCUCGACAUCUGGACUAGGCGUGGCCAUGAGCGAUGAGUCUCUUCGCCGACUAGCUUACUGUCUGAAAUGGCUCAAAUGGGCAAACGAGCGACUCAACAAUGCGGUAUUGGCUUUGAAAAACGCGCUACACAAAUGGGAAGAACGAUCUGCAGACGAGAACUCUUCGCAGAAUCGCGCAAUGUUGUCGCAGCAUAUCCAGGCCGUCAGGGAAGAUGUUCUGCGCACUUUACGGCAAGUAGUCGAUAUUGUGUCCAAAUACACCGGCGGGGCGCUCCCAGAAAAUGCCCGCAAUCUAGUUCGUCGUCACCUUGUCUCGCUUCCUCAGCGCUUCAAACUUGCCUCGACUUCGGACUCCUCAGUCGAAUCUGGGUCGGCAACUUCUGAUGAAGCGACCAGCGCACGUCGCGUGCUAGUGCUCGCACAGGAGGGGCUAGAUAUGAUGACGCAGGUCCACCGCGUUGUUGACGAUACCCUCGUAAGCGCACAAACAUGGUGUGAACGGUUGAAUCGCAAGAUGCCAGACCUAGAGAAUGGCCAGCACGAUGCACCACCAGCAGCGCAAGACAGCCGCUCGAUGCCUAUGGAUAUCAAGCCUCCCAUUAUCGAGACGGCGAAUCGGGAGGUUGAAAUGACCGAUAGCGACGCCGUUUAA